AUGGCCAAACGAGUUCUCCCGCACGCUGACGCCAAAACAGCCUCUCCUCCACACUCCAAGCCUACCCCGCGUCCCGGAACCCAUAUCGUUAAAGUCCCAAGGGACCAAAUCUACCGCGCUCCCCACCCUGAGAAUGCUCGCCUUUUCCAGAGCUACACUAGCCGGAAGAGCCACCGUAGCCGGUGCUGCUGCCGCCUCGCUUUCAUCUUCGUCUUCAUCUUCCCCCUUGCUAUUGCUGCCGGCGUCCUCUACCUCGUUUUCCACCCUAAACCCCCAGAAUACACUGUCCAGGGCGUUGCAAUAAAAGGAAUGGACCUCACGUCUCCAUCAUCUGAAGUGGCCCGGAUUUCACCGGGGUUUGACGUCAGGAUUAGAGCCAAUAACCCUAACGACAAGAUGGGAAUAUACUACGAGAAGGGCGGCUCCGUGGAAGUCUUCUACAAGGACGUGACGGUGUGUAGCGGAGCGUGGACCGCGUUUUAUCAGCCGCCGAAGAAUGUAACGGUGGUCGAGACGUCAUUAAAGGGGUCGAACGGAGUUGUGAGAGAGCAUCGAUGGAAGCUCGUUGGCGUUUGUGUUGAAGUGAAAGUGGGGGUGGCUGUGAAACUGAAGGUGGGUGGGUUCAUUGAAGACGUGGGAAAUGAAGGGUAA